AUGGCUCUCCGCGCCCAUUGGGCUGAUCUUAAGAAGAUUGGCUGGAUGUCCAAGCCGGAGCUACGUCGCCAACAGAAGAGGCGAAAGAACCGACUAUCGGCAAGAGUACCACGUCCUGUGAGCUCGCCAAACGAAGACGACCCGACAUCUGCGUCCGGGCCUGUGACCGCUGGGGUUGAACGGACUGUACCUGUGCAUGCGGAGAUUGCAUCAGAUGCGGCUGAGGAUGCAGAAGUUGGGACAGCAGCCCAACGAAUCCAUAUCAACGUGAACAUUGACAUUGGAGCCACCACGCGUAAUUUGGCUGCCACGUUUGAUGAUGUUGUUUCGGAAGAAGAAGUCGAUGCUACUGACUUGGACGAAGCGUGUGACGAGCUGGUUACCCUCGACGACGGGCUUGAUGAUAUAACCGGUGGCGAGCUCGAUGGCCCGACUGAUCUUGCCGGUCAGGACGAAGAAGUUGUGAUCCAGCCUGAAAUGCUGUUCGUUGAGGAUUUUCUAGCCAAAAUUGCAACAUCGCUGGAAGAUGGCAGAGCACGGCGCUAUUCCGCGCGGGUGGUUCGGGGGAUUCAUGUCGAGAGAUCGACUUGCACACGUCUCACGCAACCUGCACUUAAGCAGCAACGCAGAUCCGUGGUCUUCUUGUGCAACAAGGUCAAGCACACAUACGACGGCAAAGCACGCACCUGCUUCGAUAUCUGGCAUGCGUGCUGGAGGAACGGCACCCUGAUGCCUUCAGGGGACGGCAAACGAAGCAUACAAACUCAGCUGCAGGAGGGGGUCAGCGCUGAUAGUGCUGAGCCACUCAGCUGA